CGAGACCGGUCAAUAGACCCUGUAGCUCUGACCCUGUAGCUCAGCACAUCAAGUAAUUUAAGAAUUUUUGUGAUUGAUUAUUUGACUCGUGUGUAUCUUAUGUAUGUUAUUGUGUUUCGUGAUUUUCGCAGUGCAAACAUAGACUUUCCAACCACUAUUUAAGAUGCGAAAAUGAUCCCAGAAUCUUGCAAAUGGAUAAAGGGAAAUGGAGAUAUUCUGAGAUUGGGAACAAAGGACAAAGUGGAAUUCAAAAUAAGGUGCCCUGGGUCAAGCAGCGAGCUGGAGGACCAACUUGUACGAGUUUUAGAAAAAAACACAGAACUUACUAUCCAGAAUACUGACCUUCAAAAGCAAGUACAACACCUGCAAAAUGUAAAAGCAGAGAGCGGUCCUCUCAAAGCAGACAAGCUGGAGUCGAUUUUAAAGCAAAUGAGAGAGACUGCCGACGUUCGCAAAGAAUUAGAAAGAGAACACUCAGAAGCAGUAAAUCAACUCAAAGAAAAACAGAUUGAAAUACAAAGAAAACAAGGGAGUGCAGCAGAGAAAACCAAAGCUUAUGAAAACAUUGAAACACUUCAGUCUAAAAUUCGUGAGCUAGAGAAGAAAACAGAACUUCAAAAUGUCCGCCAUGAAGAGCUUAUGUUGGAGAUGGCUGCUAUCAAGCGAUCGCAGAAUAAAUCAAACACCUCUGGUAUGUCUAACAACUGUUGGAAGAAGACUGGCUUGCAUCAAGAAAUCCAAACAUCUCCUGACUCGGCUCCAUCCACUCCAGAUGUGAACUGUGUUGACAGAGGCACACCAAUUUCUUCAAAUCCUAUUGAGGGCUUCCUUGAUCAUCAAAGAAUAUCUCCUAGUGUUAAAAUUAGACAUCAGAAUACUGGAGCUCGCCCACAUGCGCCGGCUGGGAAUUUCAUAUCGUAUAUAGACUCGUCUCUGCAGACCCUAUCGCUCCCCUUAGACUCGCAAUAUUUCCUACUUGAAAACGCAAGUCAGAUGUGGUCGGCGUCGACCGCUCUGCCCUUGUGGAUAGCUGCUCCCUCCCACGAAGCGUCCACCCCGCUGAGGAUGUGUUUGGCGGGUGUAGCAGGAUUACAACCGGCCGAUGGAUCCAUGGCCGGCGGACUCUGCUCCAGUAGUGGAGGCUCCAGCUCUGGGUCCGCUGGAGGACAUCCGCCGUUCCUCCACCAGCCCACCACUACCAACAUCACCACCGAAAUUGACCGCAUCAUGGCCAAAAUUGAUCAAGACAACCGAAUCCUCGCUGAACUGGACAAAACUCGUUCCACUAUAGCGGGAGGUGCCGGUUUAACUUCUCGACUGGGGGAUGCUUCGGUUCCGCCGAAUUACAUGGUGACUUCAGCUCCAGUGGGUCUGCCCAUGAUGUCAUCUCUCGCUACCCAACAGAUGCCCCUUCUCCAGCACCAUGCGGUGGGUCCCUCAGCACCCCUGCAAGCUUACCAGCUCACUGCUAAAGACUUACAGCCUCAAGUUCUCAAUCCUUUGACUGGACAAUAUCAAUUCCUGAUAAACAGUGGGGCGGUCACCCAACCUCUUCUUCCAACUCAACCUCUCGUCGUUCCACAGCAUCAUGGCCGCCUCAUGCCUCAGAUCCCUGCAAUUGUCACAUCUCAAUUUGAACUUGAUAGUAAGUUACAAAUAACUAAAAAUCACAAGUUCAAGUUAUGUGUGAAAUUUCGUAUCCCUGAAUACUAUUGGCCACUGAAUUUUGUAUUUUUCAGAUACUCUUAUGAUCCCUAUCAACAAUCUCCCAAUGAAUGCCCUGAAGCUGAACUUGCUAUCUCGGCUGGCGAUUAUCUUCUAGUCUGGGGCAUCAUGGAUGAGGAUGGAUUUUUCGAUGGCGAACUUUUGGAUGGACGGCGUGGACUUGUGCCUUCAAACUUUAUACAGAAACUGGUCGGAGAUGAUCUGCUAGAGUUUCAUCAGGCAGUUAUCCAAGGGCUGAGAGAUUGUGAUGACAGUGCCUCAACAAAUAUACCUCAGGACUUAGAUUAUCAUCACGCAAACGCUGAUGACUAUACAAAACAAAGUUCGCAACAAUACGAAACUGUAGACUACCUAGAGGAUGAUGAAGAAGAAGUUUCAAACACUGGAGAAGGACCUGACGUGUUCUUCUCGCUGCUAGUCCCGGCUCCAAAACAACUGACCUUGGAGAGACAGCUGAACAAGAGCAUUCUGAUUGGCUGGAAUCCCCCCGACCUGAGCUGCUCGUCACCAAUCGACUGCUACCAUGUCUACGUCGAUGGAGUCCUCAAGGUCACCGUCAAAACAACCGAACGCACCAGAGCUCUCGUAGAAGGCGUCGAUUCUACCAGACCUCAUCGGAUCAGUGUGAGAUCCGUGACUGCAAAUCGAAGGACGUCUCGAGAUGCAGCCUGCACAAUGGUCAUAGGCAAAGAUGUGCAGCUAGGCCCAUCGCAAGUGAAGGCAUCUCGAGUCACUGCUACCUCAGCGGUCAUAUCGUGGCUUCCAAGUAAUAGUAAUUAUCAGCAUACUGUCUGCGUCAAUAACGUCGAACUACGGACUGUCAAACCAGGAGUCUACCGACAUACAAUCACAGGGCUUGCACCAAACACAGUGUAUAGGGUCACGGUCCGAGCUAAAAACAUCAGGGCCCCCAACUUCAAUGAAAAAACAACCAUUCCUGUUGAACGAUAUUCCUGCCACAUAGACUUCCGAACCCUUCCAAAAGCGCUUUCAAUAGUGGAAUUGGAAGAUACAGGCUGCAAAGGAUUACCAGAACCACCUGUUGAUAUUCAAGUAGAGCCAGGUCCACAAGAUGGGACUCUGCUAGUCACGUGGCAGCCCGCUUCCAGCCCCGCUAACCCCGCAUUGGUCACUGGCUAUGCCGUUUAUGCGGAUGGCAAAAAAGUCACCGAUGUUGACAGCCCUACAGGUGAUCACGCUCUCAUCGAUAUAAACAAACUUCUCAGUCUGAACCCGAAGCACGUUACUGUUCGCACGAAAUCCAGAGAUAACCAAUCAUCGGACAGUCUUCCAACUCCGAUUCCUUCGAAUGUUCUCAAAGGAAAACAUUCAAGCAGUAAUAAGGAAGAGGAUAGGCGUAUGAGAUACGGCUCGUUUGUUCCGUCACAUAUGAGAUCAUCGCACCAUCAACGCACCGGACAAGUGAUCAUUGAGACAGAAGAAAACCUCAGCGACAAGGAGAUCUACCCAUCAAACCACAUGAGUAUACCUGCUAUUGAAAUAACCAAAGAUACCGGCAGUGAAGGGAACUUCAGCGAGGAAGAUUACAUGGAGAGCAGUAGAGGGGGCCCUCGUGGGUAUGAUCAUGGGCCUUCGUAUGACUCCCAGCAUCGCAGCUCCAGACAUCACGGUCAGAGACACCCUUCCCAGCCACACCAUGGGCAUUCACGGUCAAUGAAUCGCAGAGAUGAACGGGAUUACGGUAUGUCAGAUAGAGGAGAAAUGAGGAACAGACAUUUGGACAAAGCUGGAUACCGAGGUGGAAGAGGAGGGCAACCCAACCCGUCACAGAAUGCCAGGGAGAAAAGACCAAGAUGGUUCGCUGCACUUUUCGACUAUGACCCCACCACAAUGUCACCCAAUCCUGACGCCUGUGAUGAGGAACUUCCCUUUUCUGAAGGUGACUCUAUAAAGGUUUAUGGAGAUAAGGAUGCCGAUGGAUUCUAUUGGGGAGAAUGUCGAGGAAGAAGAGGCUACGUUCCUAACAAUAUGGUUGUGGAAGUUCAGGCGGAGGGCGCAGCACCUCAUGGUGGCUCUAGUUCGAGGAACCGUGACAGAUGGGGUGACAUCUAUGCAAACAUGCCAGUCAAGAAGAUGAUAGCUCUCUACGAUUACGAUCCUCAGGAACUGUCACCGAAUGUCGAUGCUGAGCAGGUGGAGUUAUCAUUCAGUACGGGAAACAUAAUCUACGUGUACGGUGAGAUGGAUGAUGACGGCUUCUAUAUGGGCGAACUGGAGGGAGUGAGAGGACUGGUGCCUUCCAACUUCCUCACAGAGGCACCUCCCGAUUACCCCAAUCAGGGCCAAGGUCAAAGCCAGGGUCAGACUAGUCAAGGUCAGACUAGUCAAGGUCGCAGAGGUCAGGGACCGGGAGCACGGGGACCUCCCCCUCCCCCUCGUGACGUCAUGCCUCCUCAACGAGACCGUCGGAAAGAUGCCUGCCCUGUUCCCACACAAGUAGACCUGCGAGAGGUUGGUAGGAGAGAGAGAGAACUAGAGCAGGAGAGGGAAAAAGAAAGGGAGAUGGAGAGAGAGUCACGUGUGCCGUCUCUGAUGCGGAAGUACGUUGUUCCACCGGCACCGCAGCCUGGGAUUGAUAAGAUAAAUGUGACACAGCAGCAGCAGCAGCAGAAUCAACCAGCUGCUGACUCAUCGCAGCCAGGAGCCAACCUUAUGCAGAAGCUGAGUGAGAUGACGACAGGAGUUACAGGAGGUGACAACUCCGUGGAUCACAUUCUAUCCAAAGGAAAAGAACUGAUAUUCAUGAAAUUCGGACUCGGCAAAUGAGAUUGCCUUUUGCCACAUUGUCCUCAACUUAAUCUCGCUCUAAUACCGGUCUUUUAGUACUUGAGUUGACUAGUCAGAUUUUGUAAUCACAAGAAGGCACUUCUAGAAAAAUAUGAUAUUGUUGAAUGUUCAUGUAGAUAUUUAUACUGUUGAAUGUAACUGAGUUUUAUAAUAACAGUUGAAUAUUUCAUUUCCUAUAAAAGAUACGAUGAUAAUAGUCAUUUCAACUCUUUUUAUAUUCAUACAGUAGCCUUCUUGAUUGUAUAACAGUUGGGCCCGGUUGCACAAAAGCAACGUGAUUAAUUUCACAAGAACCAAUCGGAGAAGGCCUUUUUUAUAAGACGGCUACUCUGAUUCAUUCUCUCUGAUUCAAAAUUUAACCGGCUUUUGUGCAACCGGCACUUACAGUUACAGUUUUACUGUAAUAAACCGCCUACACUGGAAAUAAAUAACAGAGGGUUCUUGUAAACAUAUACUACCAACUCAAGUAUUUCUGGGCAUGCGCUGAUAUUAGUAAACUACUAGUCAUUUUUUUAAUAGUAGAUAGUAGCUCACAUCUGUGUAUAGGUGGGUAUCUUUUUAUAAUGUUGAGUAGACAACUAUUGAAUGCUUACAAAAACUCUCUUCAUCUCUGAAAUUGUACUGUAUUCUCUCUUGAAUUAGUGGUAGUUCGCUAUAGUUAAAGAUUGUUCACUGUGGAUGGAUAUUGUACUUUGAACAGCUACUCUUUGCUUUCUUGUAGUCAGUCAACUUAUACGUUUCUAUAAUACAUUACAAGAAUCUAGAGUCCUCAUCCCUUUGUGUUCCAACCCACUGUUUUUCUUCAUUCACUAUAAUCUUCAUUCACUAUUUUAUCGAAACAUUAUUCUGUAUCCGAUCUUUCCUCACUCUAUUAAACUUUGAUGCCAUACUUCCAAUCUAAUCAGAAAAAUAUAUUUGUAAAUUCUUCAACAAGUUAUCAACAGUCUCUACAAGUUAUCAACUAACAUUAUUAGGUUCACUGACAACUUUAAAAUAUAACUGUAAAAGAAUUCCAAAUAUCAUGCAUUUCUUCAAUAAUCUAUUAUGAAACCUGCACUCUGGUAUAACAAGUAUACAGUAUAACAAGUUAUACAAACAGUUAUCAACAGUAUCUACAGGUUAUCAACUAACAUUAUUAGGUUCACUGACAACUUUAAAGUAUAACUGUAAAAGAAUUCCAAAUAUCAUGCAUUUCUUCAAUAAUCUAUUAUGAAACCUGCACCCGUUUCCUGCAUCAAAACACACCUCAGUGCAAUUUAUUGAAUAACCAUUAUCAUAAUAUAACACUAUAUGUACUAUAGUUAACUCGAAUACUGAACUAAAUAAAUAAUAUUAUCCAUAAAUAGAUUGUUACUGUAAGAAUUGAAGACAUCAUAUCAAACAUCUGCCUUGGUCUGAACAGUAUUUAUAGCUUAUCAAAAUUACUACAACCUGCUUUUAUAAGAUCAUAUUACCAACUUACAUUUCACAUAAAUAAACAAACUUUAAAGAUAGUUUUCAAUGUUGACAAUUUUCUGUUUGAAUGUGAAAUGCAUAAAGCUUGAAGUGCUUGAAAGAUAACGAGCUAUUUUUGAAAUUAUAAAUCUGUGUGUAUUGUAAUGCGAAACGGUAUGUUGAGAAAUGGUGGAGUCUGAUAUUAUGAUGAUUUUCCGAACUUGAUAAAUGGAUAAUCACCAGAUAUCAACAUUGUUUCCGUUAUGAUGGAUAAAUAAUACCAAUUCAUGAAUUAAUUACAACAAAGCAAAAGAUGAUGAUGGAAAAUGAUUGUUUACGAUAUUAAGAAGUAGCCUACUAUGGUUUCAUCUGAGUCACUAUGUUUGAUGGAUUUAUAUUCUAUAGUCUCUGUGUUUCACAAUGAGUAAUUUAUUCUCAUGACAAUCAUUUUCUUCCAUUACUCCAUUAUAUGUUUAUCACUUUAUAAUAAAUUUCACCAUUUCUUAUUCAUGACUCAAUCUUCUCUUUAUCGGCUUAAUCAAAUGGGCAAUUCAGCUUUUUUCAUUCUUCUAAAGUUCUGCCGCAUAAUCUUAUUAAAAUGCAACACGGUUAUGAAUUGUUCUGCACAGCUUUUGAGAGGUUUCCGUGCCUCAUUCGAGGCUGCUUAAUAGAUUUGGAUUUCUGCAUUUUGAUAAAUUCAUGAUAUUUGACAUAAUGUUUAAUAUAUUCUGUCAGUAAUCACUUUGUAUUUUCAACAAAUGAUAGAUUAUAAAUACAAUUUCAGACAACAUUCAAAACACUUGAAUCCUUGAUAUCCCUAGACAUCCUUCCCGCUGUUUCAUAAUUCUUUCCAUAUUGUUAACUCUAUCUUUUCAAUAAUCAACACUGUUAUCCUAAAACUUAAAGUCCACAUUUUCGAGAAAAUAUUUAGAGGAGAAAGUUACAGCAUUGAAGUGGCUGUUUUUGCAAUAUGGUCUUAGGCUGUGAGCUGGCAGAUUAUUUUCAAUGAAUCGGCUCAAUAGCAAUAUGUCUUCAGCAGACCGUAUGGUACUGGCCAGUUUCUAGGACACUUAGUGCCGGUUGCACAAAAGCCGGUUAAAUUCUAAUCGUGGUUAAUUCCACGAGAACCAAUCAAGCCGUCUUAUAAAAAAUGCCUUCUCCGAUUGGUUCUCCUGAGAUAAAUGACUGUUAAAAUUCAGCCGGGCCUUAUAAUAUGUGAUGGACCCAGAGAGUAUAGAAUGUAAUUACAUUAAUUGUAAUUACAUUCCAUCCUCACAGGAUACACCAGGUCUAAAGGAGCAUUCGAUUCAAUAAGUGUCUAAAAACUAGGCCUACAUAUUUUACCUUACUCUUCAGGGCGUAGGUGAUCUUUACAGCAAGGAGAAAUACGUACUAUUUUAAAAUUCUGUUCAGCAAAUAUUCAAAAGUCGGUUGAAGAGUUGGAUUGAGAGAAGCAUUUAAAGAAUUUCUUGUAAAUUAUAUUAGGGUGUGAUUAAGGUUUUUAUAUCAAGAUAUUGUAUUUUUUUUUUUUGUUAUAGAGUAUGAAUCGUGCUAAUGUCAUUGAUAAAUGAUCGUAUUUAGCUCGAUGAUUGUGUGUCUCAUUACAAAUAUGUGACUGACCAGAAGACCCUGAAAAUGUUCAAAGUUUUUAUAAUAUGUAAUAAGUAGUCUUUAAUAUUUAGUUUGAUGUGAAUAGUGAAAUUUGGACAUGUUGUAUUAUAAUGUUGAUAAGCUGUAUAAACGGAGAAUUGAAAAUUCUAUGGAACUAGUAUGUACCCGUGCUUUGCGACGGAUCUCUGCUAACCAGGAAUAGAUUUAAUUCUCAGCUUCUGGGAUGUAUGGUUUCAAGUUACCACACAAAUGUUUCAGGAUUCAUCCUGAAAUAUGUUAAAUAUUAAGUCGCUAAAAACUGAAACAUUUAUUGAAUUUACUCAAGAUAGGCAAGAUUUGUCAACUGAUGAAUUUAUAAGAAUAAAUCAAUAAGAAAUACAAUAAAACUGUAACGAUUUCAAGAAUAUUGAUAACAAUAAUUUUUCUGUACUUGAAUAUUUGAAUUAAAUAAGGGAUACAAUAAAAGUGUAACGAUUUCAAAAAUAUAAAUAAGAAUGAUUUUUCAUAACAUAAGGAUACUUGAAUUUGGAAAUUACUAUUGGCGAAAAUAUGUGCUGAUAAACCGACGACAUCUCACAUUAAAUGCUUUAUAUAUCUCUCUCAUUUACCGCUAUUCCCCAUUACUCUGAUGAUAUCGUUUUUUACUUUUAUGGUACAUAAUAUUCACAUGGUCUUUGUGGAAUAUUAAUUAGGCUACCUAUCAUAUAAUAUGAUUUAGCGAUGGUUGUGUCCUAUGUGACUGUGUUAGCUUUGAAAAAUGACAACACGACCUCUACCAAGCCCCCAUAGUUCACAAUGAUUUCAUAGUUUUAAAGGAUGAUAAAAGGAAUUGAGUAGUUGAUAAGCUUGAAUUGAUUAAUUAAGCCUUUAUAAAAUCUUCGACGCUACUAUUUGUAGUCAAUACUUCAACCUAAUACUAAAUGCCAACAGGAAGUGCGACAUGUUUUACAUUACCAACUGAACGAGAGUGUUAAAAUGAAUAAACAGAAUGUCUUUCUUUAAUAAUAGAAUAUUUAUUCAAAUAAAUAAAAUUCGGGAGUCAGCUGUAAUGUAAUUGAGAAACUGAAGAAUGUAGCCUAUGAAAUAAUAAAAACCAACCCGAGACGGAAGCUAUCCCAAAAAAGAUUAUAGAUGAUUACGUCAACAUUCAAUAACUUUGUAGUUCAAUCCAAGUUACCACAUCUCGGGAUUGUUCCUGAAAUAUAUUGAAUAUUAAGUCGCAUUAAUUAAAUUUACUCAAGAUUGACAAUAUUUGUCAACUAAUGAAUUUAUUAGAAUAAAUUUAAAUUAAUAAGAGAUACAAUAAAAGUGUAACGUUUUCAAAAAUAACGAUGAUAAUAUUUUUUCUUUACAUAAUGAUACUUAUGUCAUGUUGUAUGUACAUCCAAGUAACUGAACUUUCAAAACUUUGUCCGUGUUAUGAUAGUUAGUUUGUAACAAAAUAUUGGAUUCAGAUUAUUCUAAUUUUCAUCCUGAAAUAUAGAUUAACAUUACUCCCGAUGCAUUAAAAUUCACAUUCAAUUCAAAACCCCUCAUACUUCAGGCUCUUCUAAAUUUUUAUUUCAAAACAAACUCCAAAUUGAAGAAAUACCACUCAAAGGCAAUUCGCAUGCAAGGGUUUUAAAACAUAUUAUAAGCAUAUAAGGCUAAGAUUCACCUCCUUUUCACCAACGUGGUUUCAACUUCGACGAAUGUCCUAUCACUACCUUGCAGUUAUUGUCAUUGUUAUCUUAAUUCUUCAUGUACCGUACUGUAGUGCCUAGAUUUGUACCGUAACUUUUUAAAUUUCUAUAAUUUGGACUAACCUUUUUUCUAUGUUUGAUUUCCAUAUUGCACAAGAAUAGAACUCAAUAAAUAGAUUUGUUUUGUUAGUGAAUUUAAUGGCCUUAUCUAAGAAUGGAAUGUUGAUAGAUUGCUGCACAAAGCCCUUGAGUACCGUGAGAGUGAGAGAGAGUGUGUGUGUGAGUGAGUGUGCACAAGUGAGGCGUGUCUUAUUAAUAAAGAUUAUUGUUACCUACUCUUCUAUAACUCAUUGAGAAAUUGAUACGCAUAUCGUAUUAAAUUGAUAAAGUUUGGCUGUUAUACUUUUGUUUUCUUUGUUUUCUAUUCUAUACUAAUAAAUAUAUGAUAUCGAUAAUAAUAUUUAUAAGUACAUUGUUAAAUGCUUCCAUUUUUAUACAAUGUGUUGUUUCUUGGACAAUGUGGCAAAUGCAAAUAUUAUACAUCUCUUCAAGCUAUAUUCAUAUCAACCUGUCUUUGUACUAUAUACAAUUGUGACCGGUGUGUUCUGUUCUAUAUUUCAUAUUCUACAGUAUUAGGCCUACUUCAAAAAUAUUUGUGAAAACUUUCGCCUUUUUAAUAUUUUCAGGUUUUAUCUUCCGAUUAAUAUACUCUUAUACUAAUGUGAUCUAGCCGAAUAAUUAUGAAAAACAAGAUCAUUUUGCAGUGUAGAUUCAAUUUAGAAGAGAUGCAAUCUAUAGAGUGUCUUUAAAAAUCCAUAACAGAUUUAUAUAUUAGGAAGAAAAGCUCAUCACUAAUUCAAUUACGUACUGACAGAGAUAACCGACAACUGAUACUUGAACAGUAUCUUUACUCUAUGAUAGUGACUGCAGGGGUGCCCUCCCUCAAGCCCAUGCUUCAUUCCUCCCCCUUAUUUUUCAAGAAAUUAUGCUUCUACCCCCGACAUUAAAAUAAAUUGGAAGCCCAAAAAAAUGUCGUCAGUAGUCAUUAUAAACCGCACCCCCUCAAAAAAAUUCAAGGACGCAGUCCUCGUACAAACCCCCCCCCCCACUAGUGGGCACCCCUGCUGAAUGACAUAAAAUACUAGAGUCCACAAAUGAAUGAAACAUCCUUUAUUUGCACUGACAAUAAAUGAAUCAUUAAUUAUUUGCUUAGUUAUGUUUUUUGCAUCUUUUUCUACGAACGACUCAGCUCUCAAGUGUUCAAGUUCGGUCCUUAACAAAAGCAAAAGAUAGAAUCUAAAUGAAAUAGGAUCUAAAUAAUCUAAAAGAGUCUAAAUUUAAAAUCGUUUGUUGAUAGGGUUAUUGAAUUGCCUCAAAUUUUGACGGAGACCGAAAUUUACAGUAGCAUUUUUUGUUUCAGUUGAAUACCUAGUUUUGGCAGUUUUUUUUCUUUGGAGAAUGUCUCACAGGUUCAGUUGAGAAUUAUACUGUAAGAGUUUCAAGAAUUUGUAGGAAAUAUUUUGAAUUCAUGUUUUGAAUCGACUCUUAUCCAUUGCUCUUUUGCUUUUUCAUUAUUUGGGUCCCUUCAAUUUCAGCACUUUUAUUAAUUUUUUUCAUAGUUUUUCAAAGAAUUAAGUUAUUGACAAUAAAACUUAUACAGUUCAAAAAAGAUUGAACUAAGAUGACGACUUGAAAUAUUUCAUAUAAUAUCACCUUGACGAUUUCCCAGUUCACUUUUCUCUGUUUUUUUUUUUUUUUGUUUGCGAACGAUUCGAACAAAACUGUUGAAAUUAAUCAUGAAGAGGGAGUGGUUUAUAACUAAGCCCGAAAUUGACGUUUUUCGUUAACUAGCUUAGGUGGAUGAUUGUGAAAGUGUUUGUGUUCCCAAGAAAUAAGUAGACCAGAUGGGAAAUGGAAAAUUUGCACACAGGCUUCCAUUGGGGAUUCAGUCAAGCCAAUCGGUAUGUGAUUUUUGGUAAUGAACUUUUCUUCCUUGAAAAUAAAUAAUAUAUUUAAAGUGUGACUAUUUUCAAAAAGGAUACUCUGUAUUUGUAUUUCUGGUGAAUAAGAUACUACCCACUGUCCCAUGUUAUCCCUUGCCCAUUUAUACCCACCCUACUCCUGAUUUACUUGAGACGUUGUUGCUUGAUUUAUUUUAUACAUAAAAAUGUGAUGCUAUAUUUAAUAAUAAUAAGAAUCAUGUGUCAUGUAACCAUGAUGAUAUAUUUGUAUAUAUAAAUAAAUAACAUGUGCAUGUACAAGACAUCAUAUUAUAUUAUAUAUGUAGUUCAAUGAUUGCUAUGAAAUUUUUCCUAUCGAAUAGAGGUGGAAUAUGACAGUUGGAGGAUGUUUGGCGUGAUCUUUUUCUUAUCGAUCUGUUGGUAGAAUUAGAAAGUCCUUCGUAUUGAGAACAGAAUUGAAUGGAAUAAACCUUGCUGGAUCGUUUUCUUUUGAAAUGGUAAUAUUUCAAAUCCUAAUAAAUAUAAUAUCUCAAAGUAUAAUAAGAUUUCUCAAUUAUUAUGCUCUCAGUAUGAGUUGUCAUUUCCUUCUGAUUGAUAAAGCUCAGCCAUUUGUCCUCUAACUUGGUAACUUUUCAAAAAUUAGUAAGCUUAGUAUCUUUUGUAUUAGAGUAAACACUAAGCAGAAAUCAUUAAAAUUAUACGUCAUCUGUUCAUAAGGAUCUAGUAGAACAGUAGCCCAUUAAAACAAUACUGAUUUCAUGUCUUCUUUUUUAAUGUAAUUCAACCGACAUACAGUCUGUUACCGUUCUAUCAUUUCAAUAAGUUUGAAUGAGUUACACAUAACCAUUAACUAAGAUUUAUUUUAAAAUUGUAUAAAUUGAAGCUCUGUCACAUCUCUAUAUACGUCUAAUUGUUUCAAAAUAAAUUGUGUUGUUUGGGUAAUUUGAAAAAUCUAGAAAUGAAGAUCUUCUUCAAUUCCAUUCUUUGAUAAUAGUGAUUUAUUAUAUCUAAAUUCAACUUCAAUGUAUUUAUGAACCAGCGACCAUCUGAAAAUAUAUCGUACUUCAAAUACAUAGUCAAUCAUAGUAUGAUGAAUAUUUUCUUGGUCGUAGAAAUCGAGCUAUCUGUAGAAAAAGGUGCAUGCAAAUCACUCGUAAGUGAAUACAAAUAUCCAUCACCAUAAUGAUCUAAAAACAUUAUUUGUAUAAUAAAAUAAUCUCUCGUGGAAAAUCAAUAUUUAGUGUGAUCUGCAUUCAAUGAGCUUUUUUUAUAAUCCUCAAAAACUCUGUUCUCUUCUACAAGUGAGAAUAUUUUGAGGAUAAAUAAUAUGGAAUUGAAAACUGGAUUCUUCCAAACUGUUAGGGUUACCUUCAUAUUUGAAAUAUUGUAAAUUUCGAGAACCGUGUAGAGCAUUAUUAUUGUAUCAUAAUACUCCAUUUACCAUAAUUAUCGAAAUGUAUUCUAAAUAAAGAGAAUAUUGCCGAUUUUGAAUGUAUAAUUAAAUCUGGAGACGUAACCAGUCAACAGAUUGUCUACAUAUCCUCUGAAAGUAUGUCUCCACUAGAGAAAAUAAAUUUGACUAUGUGAAGUCUCUCGACUUACAUAAAAACUAUUCUUAAUGAAAAAGAUAACACUCCCUGUUUAUCAUUUGUAUAGCAGUAUUUUUCUAUACUACAUCUUAACAUUGAAGUUAUUUAAAUUAGACAUUAAAUUUAAAUGAAUGUUGAAAUUUCCAAUUGUAAGUACUAGAAAUAUUUUACAGUUGGUUCCAUCAAAUUUAAUGUUGAUUCAAAGUCGGUUGUUAAUUUUAUUUUCAUGAUAUAUCACACUGAAUUUGGUAUAAUGUCGAAUCUUUAUUUCCAAAUUACUUUUCAGUCAAAAAGGCUCAUAAUAUAAUGCUAAUACAUUACUAUAUACAUACUCUUUUCUCCUGUGUAUUCAAAUACUUCUGUGAUCACUAUCCAACCAACACUGUUCAAUAUUUAUGAAAAAUAUAUAUAUAAUCUGGAUAACCAUACCUAGAUGAGUAGUAUUUGUCUGAUCAAUGUGAAAUCACAGUUAUUGUUGUUUAUUGAGGAAUGCCUUGCAUGUUAUACCAAUGUGGCAUCGAGUUUUGUUUCCUGCUAUUGUGAAUAUCCCUCUGUACGAGUAACUCAGAUUUAUAAACUGUUGUUUGUGAAUAUGAUAAUUAUUUGAGAUGUAUUUUUCACCAAUGUUAUAUUUUUGUUUGGAAGCUUUUAUGGAAUCUUUCAAUUCAUGUGAAUUAACUUUUGGAGACAUGUGAUAAAAGAAGAAAGUUUAUUUG